GAGGAGGCCAUGUUGUUGUAGUUCGGUGGGACUGGACCGUCAUAUCCCAUCGUUACUGUAUGUCUGUGCGAUCAUCACCCCCCUCCCGUUUUUGACAUCGGGAAAACGUAAAUAAACCGGAGGGCGCAAACGGUGACUCGCACGAUGAAUUUAAGCUUGGAUCUAUCGCGCAGAAACCCACAGGAGGACUUUGAGCUGAUCCAGAGGAUCGGGAGCGGAACCUAUGGGGAUGUAUACAAGGCUCGUAAUGUCAGCACUGGAGAACUGGCUGCUAUCAAAGUCAUCAAACUGGAGCCAGGGGAGGACUUUGACGUGGUGCAGCAGGAGAUUAUUAUGAUGAAAGACUGUAAACACUCAAACAUUGUUGCGUAUUUUGGCAGUUACCUCAGGAGAGAUAAAUUAUGGAUCAGCAUGGAAUACUGUGGUGGAGGUUCACUCCAGGAUAUUUAUCAUGUUACCGGGCCGCUGUCAGAAUCCCAGAUUGCUUAUGUAUGCCGGGAGACCCUGCAGGGUGUUUACUACCUUCACAACAAAGGCAAAAUCCACAGGGAUAUAAAGGGUGCAAAUAUACUGUUAACAGACAACGGCUAUGUUAAGCUAGCUGAUUUUGGCGUUUCGGCUCAGAUUUCAGCCACUUUAGCAAAAAGAAAGUCCUUCAUUGGAACUCCAUAUUGGAUGGCACCUGAAGUGGCAGCAGUGGAGCGGAAAGGUGGCUAUAAUCAGCUGUGUGAUAUUUGGGCUGUGGGCAUCACAGCUAUUGAGCUGGCGGAGUUGGAGCCACCAAUGUUCGACUUGCACCCUAUGAGAGCACUCUUCCUAAUGACCAAGAGCAGUUUCCAACCACCUAAGCUAAAAGACAAAGUUAAAUGGACAAAUAAUUUCCAUCACUUUGUGAAAAUGGCUUUGACCAAAAAUCCCAAGAAGAGGCCCACGGCUGACAGAUUACUGCAGCAUCCGUUCGUUACCCAGCCUCUUAGCCGGACUCUCGCCAUUGAGCUACUGGACAAAGCUAAUAACCCUGACCACAGCACACACAGUGAUGCAGAGGAGGAUGACAUCGACCCAGAGUCUCCUGUGUCCGUUCCACAUCGAAUCCGCUCAACUAGCAGGAGUUCACGAGAUGGAAAGACUUUGUCUGAGAUUAACUUUGACAAGGUGAAGUUUGACCCUCCUUUGAGGAAAGAGACCGAACCACAUCAUGAGAUGGAUCUGCCAUUAGAGCCCCAAAGCAUUCUGGGAAAUAACAAGAGUCUAUUAAAAUCUGUCGCUGAGGAGCUCAAUCAAAGGGGUCAUGUGACACAUUUAGAGGAUGAGGAGGAGGAUGAAGGUGAUGAUUUGCACUGCAACUCCACGUCAACCAUGAGGCCUAAAGUACCACCUCCUUUGCCUCCCAAGCCGAAGGUUCUGUCUCCUGCUCAGAGCAGCUCUGCCUCAGAGGACAAUUCCGGAGAAGGAACCAUCAAACGUUGUCCAGCUUCUGCAAGCUCCACCCCUCCUGCUCGUCCCACUUCCUGUGUUCCCCCCAGACCACCGCCUCCUCGUCUCCCCCCACACAGACGUAGCAGUCUAGGUAAAAAACCAUCUGAGCAUGCUCAGACAGAGCCAGCAGGGGAUGAUGGCAUUUAUAGGUUCUGGGAAUGGCUUCAUGCUGAAGAACAGGAAGAACACAGUAACGGCGUUUCAUCCCCGGAGAAUGGAGAUAAAGAAAAACUGGCCUCUCUCCCCUCAUGUAGUCUACAGUUACCAUUCAGUAAUGGCCUUCCACCAACUCCUAAAGUACACAUGGGAGCUUGUUUCUCUAAAGUGUUUAAUGGCUGUCCACUAAAGAUUCAUUGUGCCUGUUCCUGGAUCAACCCAAACACCAGGGAUCAGUAUCUGAUUUUUGGAGCAGAGGAAGGAAUUUACACUCUCAAUCUGAACGAAAUCCAUGAGAGCACCAUGGAGCAGCUGGUUCCACGGCGGUGCACAUGGGUUUAUGUAAUGAACAACUGGCUGCUUUCUAUAUCAGGUAAAGCAUCUCAGCUGUACUCCUACAACCUGACGGGGCUCUUUGAACAAGCGCGACAGAUGCAGAAGUUACCCGUUGCCAUUCCAACACACAAACUCCCAGACAAAAUCAUCCCGCGGAAGUUUACCGUGUCUAAUAAAAUACCAGAAACAAGGGGCUGUCAGAAAUGCUGCGUAGUGCGAAACCCGUACACAGGUCACAAGUACCUCUGUGGAGCUUUCCAGUCCAGUGUAAUGCUGUUUGAAUGGGUGGAAGCCAUGCAGCGCUUCAUGCUCAUAAAGAGUAUAGAGCUCACCCUGCCGUGUCCAUUAGAAGUGUUUGAGAUGUUGGUGGUUCCUGAACAGCAUUAUCCUGUGGUUUGUGUGGCGGUCAGUAAAGGAAGUCACCCUGAUCAGGUGGUCACUUUUGGCACUGUCGAUCCCAAUGCUGGCAACCCGACGUUCACGGAACCCGAAACUCCUCAGACGUGUGUCAUUCAUGUGACUCAGCUGGAGAGAGACACUGUGCUCGUCUGCCUUGAUCGAUGUAUAAAGUUGGUAAAUUUACAAGGCAGAUUAAAAUCCAACAAGAAGUUGUCAACGGAACUCACUUUUAACUUCCAGAUUGAGGCAAUAGUGUGUCUGCAGGACAGUGUUUUGGCGUUCUGGAAGCAUGGAAUGCAGGGAAGAAGCUUUAAAAACAGUGAGAUUACUCAGGAGAUCUCAGAUAACUCGAGAACCUACAGGCUGCUAGGAGCUGACAGAGUGGUGGUGUUGGAAAGCAAGCCGACUGAAGACCCCACGGCUCAGAGUAAUCUGUACAUCCUCGCAGGUCAUGAGAAUAGCUACUGACAACACACUGCCUUAAACACACAAUAAGUAAUGCACGCUACAAAGGUCACGUUCCUGAGACUCACACACCUCAUUUUCAUUUAUAAAGCUACUGAACACAACACUACAGAAAAAAGACAGCUGAAAUUAAACACUACGGAUGAAUUUUAAUAACAAUAUCUGUGGUUUGGUAUGAUACCAGCCCCUGGUACCUUGUAUCGAUGCUAAAUCGAUAUUUCAGUUCAAGCAAACGUAGGUAGACCGUUUAAUAUGCGUGAUAGAUUCGCAUAGCAUGUAGCGGUGAUUAGCAAACCUAAUCAUUUUUUUCAAAUGCCAGUUACACAGUGAUACAUUUCUUUGUUUUUAAACUACAAAUGCAUUUCAAUACACAAACAUAUUGCAAACUAAGCUAAACAGACACCUUAAUACACCAACUAUCAGAUCUCAUGAUUAAUGUGAGAUAACUAAUGUAAAAACACAGCAGUCUUGUACAUCCGUUGUCUAAAAAGAAAUCAAAUAACCAAGCGUUUAUAUCUGGCAUGGUUUACAGGUGAUGUACCAUCUUGGUAGCUUUGUGGCUUUCAGUACUGCAGUAAACAGCUUUAUUUAUGGGUGUCAUGCUAAUACAGUUCACACAGAACACAUUCUUGCUUUUAAGGGUGUUCACACUUUGAAGGUUUGGUUAGAUUAAAAGAAACUCCUGCUCUGUUAGUGCAGUUUCUUUGAAUUAUUGAAACACUCUAAUCUGAACUUUGCUUCACACCAAACAAAUGGACCAAGAACGUUGAAAAGGCAGAUAUUGGUCUUCUUCCAAUCAAAUUGUGGGCCAGUUAGACUGAACUAUGAACACAGCACAGACCAAAGAUAUCUAAACAAACCAUAAACAGGAAUUAUAUCACAAGACGCAGCUAUUAGAACUCAAGCAGACAUUUUUUUGUUGUAGUUUUGAUGUUGCCGUCUACAGUUCAAAACUGUGUUGGACUUUCACUUGUUUGUGCAGAAAAGGUAUUACCAGCGCUAUUUUGACUCCUUUACACACUUCAUAAGAGUUCUGAUAAAUAUACAAUCAUUUAUAUAUAUAUAUAUAUAGACUUUUUUGAAGGGUGUAAAUAAUAACAAUGGUGCCAAUGCAUUUCCUGUUUUACAUUUUUAUGGGAGAGCAGGUACACUUGAGAUCAUUUUGAAAGGGCACUUUCUAUCCAAGACUAAAAAGGGCAUGUGCACUGCACAGGUUUAGCCCUAUGUGUGCACGUGCCUGCUGAGAAAGAAGUCUUGAGAUUGUGCACAAGAAUGUAAACUUACUCUUUUAUAUAGACUGCUUGCUAGGGGUGUAACGGAUCACGGUUGAUCCGUGAUUCGUGCGGAUCACAACCCAAGGUUCGGAACACUUGUGGUCAGCAGAUUAAUAUAUAUUUUUUACUGGUAGAUUAAUCCUUUACUGUAAAAUAUAAAUUAAAUAGCGGGCUUAAUUUGUGCCAGAACACGCUAGGUCUAGAUCCGGCAUCUCUGACAUCUGAUCUGGCACCUCAUUUUACCAAUCCCCCUCCUCAACCACCCUCCUCCCUUGUCCGCUGUUCACUUUCACUUUCUUCUGCGACUCCCCAAGCCUAUUGGCGACAACCCCCGCCAUUCACUUUCGUCCUUCGUCCGCGACAGCUCUCUGCCAUCCAACGUCCCCCAAUACCACCUGUACACCUUCCUGCCCACCGCGCUCUCUACUUUCGUGCACGACACCUCUCCAUCCUCAGAUAACAUGCCGGAUCUGUUACCCCGAUCUGUUCCGGGACCUCGCGAUUCACAAAUUAAGCACUGAUUUUAUAUAAUAAUAGAAAUGUUUUCUGUCACUACUUGUUUAACCUGCAUCAAUGCAUUCAGUGUAAGCUGCACGAUUAAUCAUUAAAAGGUCCGGAUCUCAACAUCCACGCAACAAUUAUAAAUGAUGGUGAUUUGUAUAUGUUUAGUAAUCCUUCGAAUCGCUGCAUUCAAAUCUAAAAAUGCAAGAAUCAAAUUGUCUUUAAUCUUUUGAUAACAAGCAGGAAAUGUGCAUGGGCCAAUAUUCAUGCACAUGUUAAAGUAUUGCUUGAGAGACAAGUGUUGGAAAUUACAAAUUUUAAAUUGGAGUCCCUUAAUUUGCUAAUUAAUGAAAAGUAAAUUACAUUUGUCUCCAAAUGUUUUGCUACAUAAGACCUUAAUGUGUUGUUUUAAUAUGUCCAGUCAAAUUCCAGUAGCCACUGACUGGCAUUAUAUUAAUCAGCAAAGACCAUGGUUUCAGCUAAAAAUCUUCUACAUCUUAGAUGGCUUGAGGGUGUAAAAAUAAUGACUUUUAUGACUUUAUACUUGGUGGCAUACAAGUUUAUGCAGCUGGCAUCAGAAAUAAAUAUACUGUUGUCUAGACCGAAAAAACUUAAGAGAUCCAAAUUAUCAGUGUGAACACACCCUAAAUUGCUUAUAAUUGUUCAUAAAUCUAAAGGCUAGCUAUUAAAUACAAAAAUGUGCUUUGUGUGAAUUGUCCGUAAAUCUAACCAGCUCGUUUGUUGUACUAAUUCAUGUUCAUCUUCAUUUCUCUCAUUUGGUGACAUUCAGUAAACCAGUUUUUAUGUCCCAUUAGCUGCACAUUUCCAUAUUAACAGCACAACAACAGACAGUGGAGCUUAAGUGUUCGUAUUGCUUUAUAAAUGUUAAUAAUCCAAACACACAGGGCACUUGAAUGAACAAGAAAGUCGACACUUUUUUAGGCUUUUAACUUGAAAAAGGAACACUAGGGGGCGCCAUCUUAGUCCUAAAAGAUAUGUUUUGUUAGCACAGCCAGUGAAUUUAGCACUGUAUUAUGAAAUGAAUCCUUUUAUACUGUAGAGUAUAAUCAUUCAUGUCCCCCAAAGCUAAAUAACAGUGGUCAGAUGGUAAUACCAUAUAUAUAUCAUGGUUCUGAAUGGUUACUCUAGUCAAAUACUGUGGUAUAUAAAUGGUACUUUAAGGUGCUUUAAAGAAUAUAAUGGUAGUAAAUCCAAGAUAAUACCACAAAUAAGACUGUUUGUGUAACACGAUACUGUAACAGCGUCAUGUUUAGUUCGUCAUCAUGAGCCAAUUAAUGGAAAUGGAGUGUUUUUUAUAUUUAAUUUUGUAUGCAAAAAAAGUGUCAUGUUUUAGUUCAUUACCAAACACUGUUAGUGAAUGUUUGCACAAAUGCGUGUGCUUUUCUCAGCUUGUCGUAUGUGUGUGUGAUGUCAAGAGCAUAACAGACAGAGAAAUGCUAUUUAUUAGGCUCACAGAAAGCUAAUAGAGAUAACAAGAAUGCAGUAUGUGUAAAUAUGAAAGGGGGAAAAGAGCUUUUCUAGAAUGUAGCUGUCUGUGACGCUUUCUAGCCUUUUCAUCAGUUUGUACAAUGUCAUAUCUGAAUACUAACGGUUCCUUUUUGUUUCAAAAUAGCCAAAUCAUGUUUUGUUAGCUGAAUGCGCAAAUUUAGCAUGUCGUGUCUACCUCUAACAUGCAUUUUAAACUUUGCAUAAGAUCAUGAGCUAUUAGAAAGUAAGAAAAAACAGUACUUUAAGCAGAGGAUCUCCCUAUAACAGCGCUUUUAAAGCCGUGAUCUAGAUUUUUGUCAAGGGCCGAAUGAAAGCGUCUGAGCCUAAUUUCCAGUAAUAUUGCUCCGUUUGAGUCAUAAAUGUGAUAUGGGAUGCUUUGAGUGCAACUACUCCACGUCCACUACAGCUGCAUUCUCUUGUGUAAUGUGAUGCACAUGUCUUGUAUAUAGUGUAAAAUAAUUUGAGUUUUACAGACUGUAUAAAGCCAAUAUUUUGUUUCAAAUGUGAAACUCUUUUAUGAGAUUUAACACAUUAAACCAAGGUGGGGAAAAACAAUCGAA